AUGGAUAGGUACAUUGCCAAUGUUGAUGACGAUGAGGAUGUUGAUAGGGCAAAAACCACCAUGAAUAGCACAAAUGCAAAACAAGCUUGGAGUCAUGUUUGUUUGGAUAUCGGGAGGUUCUUCUUUGAAAAUGCAAUUCCUUUCAAUGUGGCAAGGAGUCCAUCAUUCAUCAAUAUGUGUCGAUCAAUUGGUUCAUAUGGACGAGGCCUUAAACCUCCUACCAUGCAUCAAUUGAGAACAUGGAUUUUGAAGGAGGAGCUGGACACUUCUGAGAAAAUAGUUAAUGAUAUUAAGAAGACAUGGGCGCACACAGGAGUUUCAAUACUAUCUGAUGGUUGGACUGACAUUUCUGGGAGGACUUUGAUCAACUUUCUUGUGAAUAAUCCAAAUGGGACAGUGUUCUUGAGAUGUGUUGAUGCUUCAGAACAUGUGAAGGAUGCAGAUUUAUUAUUUAAGUUGCUUGAUGGCAUUGUUGAGGAAGUUGGGGAAGAGUUAGUGGUUCAGUUUGUGACAGACAAUGCAAGUAACUACAAACCAGCAGGGAAAAUAUUGAUGGAGAAAAGAAAGCACAUUUAUUGGACUCCAUGCGCGGCACAUUGUUUGGAUUUGAUGCUGGAAAAAAUUGGAGAGUUGCCACAACAUAAGAGAGCUGUACUCAAGGCCAAGAAAGUAAGCAAUUUCAUCAAUAAUCAUGCUUGGGUGUUGGCUUUGAUGAGGAAAUUUACGAAGAGAGAAAUCAUUAGACCAGCUGUCACUAGAUUUACAACUUCUGUGUUGACUUUAAGAUGCAUGUAUGAGCUUAGACAACCUCUUGAAUCAAUGUUCACUUCACAACAAUGGGCGGGUUGUAAAUGGGCAAACACAAGUGAUGCAAAGAGCGUGAGUUAUGCACUUAAAACAACGGAGCCGUUGGUGGAAGUGUUGAGACUUGUUGAUUUUGAGAAGAAACCUGCAAUGGGUUAUAUUUAUAAUGCUAUGGAUAAAGCAAAGGAAGAAAUAGCGAAAAACUUGGGUGGAGAACUAGCAGAUUACAAGGAGAUUUGGGACAUUAUUGAUGAAAAAUGGGAAAGUGAAGGCGGGAUUGUACAGUUCAAUGAAAAAGAUCAUCCCUAA